AUGGACUUUUUCAAAAAGAUUGGUCAAUUCUUCUCUGGAUGGCUCAGAGGUUUAUUCGAAAAUAAGGAAGCCAAGAUUCUAUUCCUUGGUUUGGAUGCAGCUGGUAAAACUUCAGCUCUAUAUAAGAUUCAAUUAGAUGAAAAUGUCAGCACCAUUCCAACCAUUGGUUUCAAUGCUGAAGUGUUACAAUAUAAGAAGGUAACUUUUAGAGUGUUUGAUAUUGGUGGUCAGGAUAAGAUUAGAAAGUUAUGGAGACACUAUUAUCAAUCGACGAAUGCUAUCAUUUUCAUUGUCGAUUCCAAUGAUAAUGAGAGAUUUAAAGAAGCUGCCGAAACCUUACGGGAAGUUAUGCAGGAUGAUCUGUUGAAAGAUGCCAAGUUAUUGGUGUGGGCUAAUAAGCAAGAUUUGCCAAGAGCUGCCAAUGUUAAAGAUAUGGUCAAUACUUUGAAAUUACACGAGAUUAAGCAAGAAUGGUUUAUACAACCAUGUAGUGCCCUGUCUGGCACUGGAUUAUUCGAAGGUUUGGAUUGGUUAUCCAGUAAAUUAUAA